AUUACGGCCCUCCCUCCUCAGUGUAAGGAGCUGUUUGAGAUGCUGGGAAGAGUACCGGCAAUUUCAAGUGGAAUUUUAUUUACGAUGCUUGUCCUUCAGGUAACAGUGUUCAUACAUUUGACAUGACAUUUUAUCCCCUUUGUAUUUUAGGGACUGAAGAAUCAACACGUGAAUUCAUCCAACUACGAUAUAAACUACGACAUCUCUUCAAUGGCAAAAAGCAUGAGUGUGCAAAAGCUUACAAACGAAUCGUGGAGGAACUUGGACUUUCUGAAUCCGUAACGGCUGUGCAAGCUCGGAAGAAGUGGUCAAAUCUCGUUCAAAAAUAUAAGGACAUCAAGGGAGGUUACUCUACGUCAAAUGUAGACUGGCCAUAUUUCCAGAUGCUGGACACAAUUGUCCCCCUGAUGAGAAAAGAAUCAAUAGCGUUGGGGGUUUCAUGCAUCGACAAGGUAGAAUCUGUGCUUCAGAGUGAUCUCUCUCUCAAAACUGAUUCCGAUAAUCAGCCUGUCGACUCCAGAAGUUUCUCUAACGUCAUAACUGUCGAAGGAAUUCAGAAGUGUGAUGGUGAGACUGUUGAUGCUGAACCCCCUCAAAAAAAGCAAAAGCGACGUAAGGCUGCUAGAAAAGCAAGAGAGAGAUGGUGGGGCGCUGUUGAGGAUGAAGACUUAGGCUCUGACUCCGGAGGAUCAGCAAGUCGUGGUGACAUUUUGGUGAAUUACAAUGUCCAAAAGGCAUCUUCAGUCAAAGAUUUGGAUCCCAGUGAAAUGGAGAUUCAGACUUUUCAGAUGUUGAAGUCAUGUGCAGAUUCAUUAACAGAGAUUAAGGAAAUCUUGAAGUCUCAGUCCCAAACUCACCAAGAAAUGUUAGAGAAACUAGUGCAGACAGCAUCUCAGCAGGGGGAGACCCUAAAGAAUUUAUUAUUCACAUUUUCUUCUCAGAAUUCAGCUAUCGUUACGUUAUCAUCAAGGUUAUCCGGAGAUGGGGUGCAACCUAACUCAGGUUUGCCUGCCAACAGAAGUUUUGACCAGAAGGACAGGUCCCAGCCACAGUCCCACUCAAACCAAGAUAACCAGCUCUUAACAUCUCAACAGACUUUGAUAAAUGCCCUAUCUCAUCAAUCUCAGCAUUGCAAUAGCUCACUAGUUGACAACUCUGAAUUGAUAUAAGUGGGUUUCAAAGUUAAAAAAAGGAUAAGGAAGAUGCUUGUGUUUGUCAUCAGGGCAUAAUAUUCUUCCUCUUGUAAGUUUUUAAGAGCAGGGACAUAGAUUUAGGUUCAUUUAUGUGGAAAUGUUUAGAAGAAAAAAAAAGCCCCUCCCGGGAUGUUUCGAUCUCCUUUUUGGGAUUUAUUACCAGAUACGUACUUGCAAAAUGAAGCUCUUUUGAAGACGUUUAUUUUGAAGACUGCUUCUUAAUGGAUUUCGUACAUAGUAGGUUUCGUAGCCAAGACUGCUUAGCCUCUUCCUGCCCUUUUAUUUGUCAUUCCUGCUCUGCUCAUUAGGCUUGGGAAUGAUGAAGUCCUAAUUCUUUGUCUAGUAAGAGUUAGAGGACUUAACUUCACGUUUCAGUUGGAUAGGAUCAAUGUUUUUAUUCAAAGGCUGGGUAUUCCAAGUGGAUAUGGUGUUUUCAGAAGGUCAGACAGCCAGUUUGGAUGUUAGGGUUCAUGAAAUUGGGUGUGAAGAUCCUACUUUGCUUUUAGAAGGCAUGAAAGUUGCCUCAGUUAUUGGCUUCCAUAUGAAGGUCACCUUAAUUAUGAUUUGAUGUACCAAUCACUCCUAAUUGAGUAGCCGAGAACCAGAAGGUGCUAAGCGCCACCACCACCAAAACCGAGAUUUUCACAGAAAAUGGUCCAUCAUAGGCAUAGAAUUUUUUCUCAAUUUGGAUUUGGCGCUUUCUGGCCCUACAAUAUGGUCGAAAACCCCUCAGAAGUCAAUGCAAGUUUCGCCUGAAAAGUGUGUAGAGAGCGGCAAAUAGAUUCUAAGGUGUCAUGUCGCAUCGCGUCCCUUCACCACGCAGAAUCCAGAUUUCCCGGGAAAGCCAUAGUCAAUCACAGUGCUUCGUCAAUAAGUGAGUAGGCAUCUCAGCCAGUCACAGCGUGAUACAUUCUCUCGAGCCAAUCAGCAUGCACGAAGCAUAGCGUCAUAGGAUGCAGCAGAUUGUAAACAAAACUUAUGCAGUUCAGCUGGUUCAUGUAUUUUGUAAACAUACGCUCGUGGAUGUAUCCUUUUUUACGUUAUUUUACGGCGUUUCUGCAGUGCUUUCGUGACAAUGAUUACUUCUUUUUUUUUUAUUUUUUACAUUAUUCUGAACUAUUUUUGGGUGCAUUUACAUUAAUAUUGUGGUUGGUUUUUAUUAUUUUUUAUGUUUGUAUGUACUGUAUUGGUAUUUUUGGGGUAUUUUAUCGGUAUUUUUCCCUUAAACUCUGAUAUUAAUACUGAUUUUCAGCUUUUUUCUAUGUAUUUACAUGAGUUUGAACUGUUUAAGGAUGUAUUUCCAUUGAUAUUUUUUUGUUUAUUAUUUUUUAUGUUCGUAUGUAUUUUUGGUAUUUUUCAGAAUUUUUUCUGUAUUUUCCCGGUAUUUUCCAGUAAACAUGGACAUUAAUAAUGAUUCUGAAAUGUUUUCUCUGUAUUUACAAGAUUUGGUUUUAUGGUGUAUUUCCGUUGAUA